AGGCCACUUCCGCAUUUGGUGUCUGGGUAAAUGGAUGGAGCCACUGAAGCAGAAAGGGACUGUUUUCUGGACUGGAUACUUUAGUCGUCUCUUCUUCUAAUCUGUAAAUGAACGAAGAAAGAAAGAAAGGCCGAAAAGACAGAUUCCCAGCACCAUGCCUGGUAAGUGAAUCAGUGGCGAUGGAAGGAAAAGGGCCCUAUCGUAUCUACGACCCAGGCGGGGGUGAGGCUAAGGCCAGAGAGGCCAGGGAGGAAGGAAGCAGCGUUGGAGGGAGCAGCUAUAGACUACUGCUGGAAGAGAACAGCGUUCUCCGAGAGAGGAUGAAGGGACUCAAGAGCUUAGGAGACCUGUUGGAGGAGUCUCAGUGGGAGGCUUCUAAGUUGCGUCAGCGUGUAGAGGAGCUGGUCAGAGACAACGAGGCCCUGAAGUCUUCGACCUCCAGCUUCGCUACCAGUCUGUGUAUGGGAGGACCUGUUCAGACUGAGACACAAGGUCAGGGGAAGCUUCACCGUCAGCCCAGUAACGACCAGAGACCGAGUCAGUCGUGUCUCUCAACGGAGAAGGCCCUACAUCAUGAUCAGCCCAGCGAAGGUCUGUCCGAGUUUGAGGUGGUGAAUAUGGAGCAGAAGACCUCUGAUACCCUGACGGCUGGUGCAGGACCAGGACAGCUUCCUCAGGAGAACCAGGAGUUAACCAGUCAGCUACAGCGUCUAGAAAGCUCCUUCAGUAUCUUUGCUGAGGCGUCGAACCCCAACCAGCUCCUCGCCCACCUGGGACGCAUGGCCGUCGAGUUCCACCACCUCUCCUCCAAGGUCCAGAAGAACGAGCAGAGGACCUCCCUCCUACAGACUCUUUGUGAGCAGCUCAGACACGAGAACAGCGAGCUGAGAAAGAAGAUGGAGGAAGACCUUCAGUACAGAAACGGAGAUGUGGAACUGCUGAGACCAGAGAACCUGAAGCUGAAAGAGCAGGUAACGGGAGCAGGAGAGACCGCGGCAGAGAGCGAGGGGCAGCCAGAAGCCAAAGAAGACGUGGUGAAAGAGGAAACUGCCAGCGUUAGAUCCAAGAUGGAGGUCAGCACACCACAGAAGCGGAGGGGGAAUGCCACAGAGAUGGAGAAAGCCCCGGCCAAGCCUUGUGACCCAGAGGCCUACGAGAAGAAGAUCAAGCUUCUAGAGAAGCAGAGGAAAGAUGUACUGGAUGUUAACAAGCAAUGGGAUGCCCAGUGGAACUCGAUGAAGUCACAGUUUGAACAGAAGAUCACAGACCUGCGUCAGCGGCUAGCGGACUCCCAGAAGGCCGUGCAGGAGUUAGAGGCGGAGCGAGAACAGAGGCAGCGGGAUUACGAUAAGAAGUUGCUGCUCGCCAAGUCCAAGAUUGAGAACGUACAGGGGGAGAAGGAGUGUCUGAACUCUGAGACCACAGAGUUGAAGCAGAAGAUUCGUUACCUGCAGGAUCAGCUGCUGCCCCUCAGUAAACAGAGAGAGUACCAGGAGAAGGAGAUACAACGCCUCAACAGGGCUUUAGAAAAGGCCCUGAACCUGCAUCCUCCCCCGUCCUCCCAGCAGCCACCGGGCCAGGGCACCAGUGGUAACCAUGACGACAUGCCUAGUAACUUGAGGCAGGAGCUUCUCACUCAGAUAACGGUGUUAAAGGAACAGGUGAAGAUCUUUGAGGAGGACUUUAGGAAAGAGAGGAGCGACAGGGAACGAAUGAACGAGGAAAAGGAGGACUUGAGGAGACAGGUGGAGAGGCUGCAGGGUCAGGUGACCAACCUCACCAAUCAGGCCCAGAGGGAGAGAUGCAAGCUGGAGAGACUACAGAUGCAGCAUCAUAAACAGGGCCAGCAGCAGCAGGAGAGGCGUACCUCAGACCCCUCCUCAGGCACCAUGAACGUCCCUCUGAGCCCUCCCUACUGUGGUCCCUUUAUGCAGGUGGCUCCAGGAGGAGGCCCGGGACAGGACGUCCGGACAAUACACCACCAGCCCAGGAUACUCAACAUGGCUGCGGCCGCCGACAGUGUAGCGCAAACGGAGCGUAGCGACUUCACACCGGUAAGGCCCAGAGUCCCCAGGUGGGCCGGCGCCGGGGAAGGUUCCAGACCUCCACCAGAGAACAUGGAUCAGUCCACCGCAACUGGGUUUGGAAGAAGAGAGCGAUAGAAUAUUGACCCUGGAAAGCACUACGGUCCUCUCUACCAUUUUGUUCUCUCACCGUGGAGCCAGCUGGGUGGUAGCAGCAUGAAUCAGUUAGUUUUCUGUUGACCAGGUGUGAUUGGAACUAUAAUUUUCCUACUGAACUGUAGAUAUCCUGUUGUAAUGUUGUUUAUACUGCUUUUUUUAGAAGCCUACUUGUGAAACACUGUUUUCGCUGUUCAGAAAUAUAUUAUAAUUUAGAUGCGUUUCUUUUUUAACCUCUUCAUUUUUUGGGGGGGAGAUUCAACAUCCGCUUCAUAUGAUUCUAUGCAGGAACUGAAGUCAUUUGUGUGUAAUAGGUUGAAAUGAUCCAAAUGUAAUAUUUAAGACCCAUUAUGUACCCAAGAGAUUAUCGGCUAUUGACGAUCGUCCCACUUGCAAAAUAUGUAAAGUUUUUACAAAGCAGUUUUGUUUCUCGUAGGGUCAAAGGGGUCUUAUUAUCCCAUGUCAAUAACAACAAGUACUACUUGUAUUCAUUCCAACGAUUUAUAUAAUGAAAAGAAGGUCAAUUGCCUUGGAAUUGGAAUCUAUAGAAAUGGUAACCGUGGGAUUUGUUCAGUACUGUUGGUGUUCUAGAACUCUACCACAAGUAGAACUGUUCAUACAGUGAUUGUUAUAACACAGUAAACUUGGGAAGUGAAUUUAGCUGGUAUAUCACGCCGAACAAAAAAAAAAAUCAUGAUUUGUUGUCAUUUUAUUUAUAAUCUACUGUUUUUUUUGAUGGUUGCAUUGACUAAAUGUAAAUCACUUGUCUUUUAGUAAUGCUGUUCUUUCUGUUAGUGUACUCCCAAUAUAUUGUAGCUAUUGACAUCGUAUGUUGGUUACACACAUACAUGCAUACAUACCUGAUUGGCCAAAAAUUACCGAUUGUGAUUUCAAUGCAACACCUUUUUUGAUUUAAUUGGUUUAAAUAUUUGAUCAUCGAUUUUCAAUAUGUAUUGCUAUCCUAAGGUAGAUAAGUCCUCAACAUAUUUACCCCCAAAGCUGUCCAGUCAUAUGUCUGGAGGAUUGGGUCAUAGGUCGUAGUGUAUCCAGGCUUUGUCCCAAUAGUCUUGAAUGGCUUCCUUUCCUUCCCUAAUGCUGACAGUUGAUAGCACUACAGUAGGCCUGUUCUGGUUGCUGUAAACGUUAGCCUACCUGAGCACUCUGCUAGCAGAGUAUGGUCAGUAUACUGUAGGAGCUGUAAUAUGUGCAUUUUUAUAUUGAGUUAACGGGGUACAAUUGGUCUCCAUCAUAUUGCUUUUAACCUGUCAGUCAUGUCGGCAGGGUAGCCUAGUGGUUAGAGUGUAGGGUCGGCAGGGUAGCCUAGUGGUUAGAGUGUAGGGUCGGCAGGGUAGCCUAGUGGUUAGAGUGUAGGGUCGGCAGGGUAGCCUAGUGGUUAGAGUGUAGGGUCGGCAGGGUAGCCUAGUGGUUAGAGUGUAGGGUCGGCAGGGUAGCCUAGUGGUUAGAGUGUAGGGUCGGCAGGGUAGCCUAGUGGUUAGAGUGUAGGGUCGGCAGGGUAGCCUAGUGGUUAGAGUGUGGGGUCGGCAGGGUAGCCUAGUGGUUAGAGUGUGGGGUCGGCAGGGUAGCCUAGUGGUUAGAGCGUGGGGUCGGCAGGGUAGCCUAGUGGUUAGAGCGUAGGGUCGGCAGGGUAGCCUAGUGGUUAGAGCGUAGGGUCGGCAGGGUAGCCUAGUGGUUAGAGCGUUGACUAGUGACCGGAAGGUUGCAAGAUCAAAUCCCUGAGCUGACAAGGUACAAAUCUGUCGUUCUGCCCCUGAACAGGCAGUUAACCCACUGUUCCUAGACCAGUUAACCCACUGUUCUUAGGCUGUCAUUGAAAAUAGGAAUUUGUUCUUAACUGACUUGCCUAGUUAAAUAAAGGUAAAAUAAAACAUUAUUUUGCAUCAGAGGAAAUGAAGCUUCUUUUUUUUAAACGGAGACUCUGCUAACCCCCCAAGGAUCAGUCAGUCAGUGAUUACCUCCGUGAUAAACCACCUCAGCCAGACUCCCGGGCCCUGGUCAAAAGUCCCUUUUCUAUACAGGGAAUAGGGUGCUGUUUGGGCCACGUCCCUGACUCUGCUGGCUUCUGUCUCAAUCCUGUAAGACCAGCAGCUCCAUACUAAUAUCCUGUCUAUCCGGAAGUCCUGUGAGCCUCUGUGAUACCGUCAAGAGCCGGUUUUGAAUUCCAAACCCAGCCUUGUACCUUACCCCAGGUACUUGUGUUGAUCAGAGGAUUGGAUAGGUGUUGACAAAAUGGCGUGGAGUUAUUACUACUAUACUUUACGAUGUUUUGAUAUCUUCCCUGGUGUCUGGAGUUUUAAGGGGCGAGGGGGUUGGUCACUACCCCCUAGAGCCACCAAUCCUUCUGAUGUGUGAUUUGGUUUGGUGGUGAACUAAUCUUCUGAAUCAAAGCUACAUAGGAUUGCAUAUGUAUGGGUAUUAUAAACCUUAGUGUGUGGUUCAUUCAGACUGGUAAAGAUGGGUGUUAAUUCACAAUGUUCACUGUAAAUCCAGUUUGAUCAGACUUAUUUUCUUUUUUAGAGACGUUAGAUUCCAGACUGGUUGAAUUAUAAUAAUAAUAAAUGCCAUUUAGCAGACGCUUUUAUCCAAAGCGACUUACAGUCAUGUGUGCAUACAUUCUACGUAUGGGUGGUCCCGGGAAUCGAACCCACUACCCUGGCGUUACAAGCGCCAUGCUCUCUACCAACUGAGCUACAGAAGGACCACACUUUGACAGGAUUGCCUUGGUUUCUUUCCCCCUCUGACAGUGGUCUUUUUCUAGUUUAUAGUUCCGGAGUGUUUGCAGAAGGCAAAAAGCACAUUACUGGUGUGAUGAGACUUUUUUUUUUUUUUGUAUUUAAACUGGCUUAAUAAACAUAUCCUAAAUGUCUUCGUACGUCUUA